CGUUAAGUUGCGUGCGAACUAUUAAGACGUUGUUUGUUGUACUAAGCGUUUUCUGAUAGUGGCGUGAAUUGAACCUUAAACAAGAAAAUUUGAAUGCACUACGUGAAACUUGAGCCGGGCUUCAGAUGUGCGUGGCCGAAAUUCUAAUUUUCCAAGACAAUAGUCUGCUUCCAGCGUUCAAUAAAGGUUGUGGGUGGAGUUGUUUGUAGGACACUUGUGUAGAAGUUCAUUGAAAAAGUUCACUAUCACUCUCGUUCGUCCCGAUUUACCCUUUCGAUUUUAUGAAGACAUUAACAAUCUAGUCACAGUUUCUUUGACGCUCUCAAUGGAGUAAUCCAAUUAAUUUACGCGUAAUUGUGUGAAACAGAUAGUACGGAGUCGGUUGACGUGCAUGAUGUGCAGACUCUGCGCCAGAUUGCAGUAAUUUCCAAUUCUUCCGGCCUCUUUAAUCAAGUCUUGUGAGAAAUACAUUUCCGAGGAGACACAGAUACGUUAGUGGUUUCAAUCGUUGGAUUUUCUUCUUCACUGUACUUUUGCAAAAGUAUGAAUUGGUAUUUUGCCGGUUUAUUGGAAUAGGGAGCAACUUGCAUUACCCAGCGUGGUCGCGACGACGGUAGUUGCUGAUACUAAUGCGAGAUUAAGUUUGCAUGCAUUACUGCAACUGUGGUCUUUCUUCUUAGACUCGACGGAGUAGGCUGUCCAAGUACGGGUUUUUCAUUUUGCUGGUGGACUUGUUCCAUGUGAAGGAAAGUGAAAUCGAAAGUGAUUUGUCGUGCAGAUCUAACGUAACUUCAGUUUUAUUCCGUAAAAUUGCAAGUAUUGGGACUUGAUAAAGUGGUUUUCCUUGACUUCCGGAGGAGCAUCUGUGAAAAAAGUCGACGAUAGUUUCGGAUGGUUUUGAUCAAAAUAGACAAGUUUGCAUCUUAACGACUCCAUUUAAAACGAAAGUUUUAUCUUUGGUACACAUCUAAUAUAAUAAGGAAAUAUUACGACCAUGGCAAUGGUAAAGAAUGACAAUGACACAACUGGUCGAGUUUAUCAGAAAGUGGUUCAAAUUGUAGAAAUACUUGUGCUGUUCAUCAAGAUAUUCACCGAAAUAUUUAUUUCAACAGUUAAACUUUUCCUCGGAGAAAAACAAAAAGAUGUCAGUGGAGAGAUAGUAUUAAUUACAGGAACAGGUCAUGGGAUUGGAAGAGAACUUGCCUUGCAAUAUGCAGCCUUGGGUGCAACCGUCAUAUGUGUUGACAUUAAUGAAGCUGGAAAUAAGGAAACUGUCAGGGAGGCCAACAGUCAAGGUGAAGGAGAAGCGUUUGGAUAUGUCUGUGAUGUCUCAAAACGUGAACAGGUCCUUGAGGUCGCUCGAAAAGUGCAAAAGGAAGUUGGCUCAGUUUCGGUGCUCAUUAAUAAUGCAGGUAUAAUGCCAACGCACUCUCUAGAGCAACAUACUCCCGAAGAGAUCCGUAGGGUAUUCGACAUCAAUGUUUUAUCACAUUUCUGGACAUUGGAAGCAUUUUUACCAGAUAUGCGAGAGAAAAAUCGUGGUCAUGUGGUGUCAAUAUCGUCUAUUGCCGGCCAUGUUGGUUUGUCCAAUUUGGUCCCAUAUUGUGCCUCGAAAUUCGCAGUUCGUGGAUUGCUGGAAGCUUUACAUGAAGAGUACAGAGAAAAAGGAAUAACUUGUAUCAAAACAACAUGUGUCAGCCCCUACAUGGUAAACACAGGGCUUUGUAAGAAGCCCAAAGUGAAAUUCCCAGGUAUCCUAGGAUUACAAGAUCCUAAAGAUGUUGCAUCGGCCAUAAUCGAAGCUCAACGCAAAGAUCUUAAAGAUAUAACGAUUCCAUUAGGUUUAUAUCAGUUUGGAUCCUUCUGCCGCCUGUUUCCUGUGAAGUGCCAACUUCUGAUUAAGGAUUACAUCGAUAGCGGGGUGGAGUCGGACUUAUAGACGUAUAAGCAUAUAAAGAUCUCGUUUUUGAAGAAAUUCGUACAAUUUUUGUCUAGGGUGCCAAUUUUUUCUAGGAACCCAAUGGAUUCAUUAGAAAGUGGUGUAGACAUUUUAGUGGCCUAAGUGUGAAACAUUACAGAGGAAUUUUACAUAGAAAUUAUACAACUUAUUUGUAAUAAGAAUAUAGACUUAUUUGAACUA